ACAUUUCGCUAUUAUAAUACCUCAAACUACCGCCAAUUCUCUGGAAAAGUUAUAAAUAUGUCUUAUGAAAGAGAGAAAGUAUCUGUUCCCCGUCUUGCUCGCCUUGAGAAGGGACAAAAAGGCUACGGUUUCAACUUACAUGGCGACAAGGGGAAAACGGUCCAGACCAUCAGCGCUGUAGAUAAAGACAGUGCAGCCGAACUUGGCGGCUUAAGAGUUGGAGAUAUAGUUAUUGAAGUCAAUGGGCAAAAUGUAGAAACCCUAACCCACAUGGAAGUUGUGAAUUUAAUCAAGCAAAAAUCGGACGAGACAACCUUGCUCGUUUGUGACAAAGACACGCUGGCUUACUUGAAGGAGCAAGAGCGACCUUGUACCGCUGAUAUGGCGAAUUUAACAACAGUAAUACCACCUGAAAAACCUGAAGAGGUUGCCAAUGGAAGUGCUACGAUUGAGGAAGUGCAGGAAAAGAGCGUAGAAAGCGAGCCGACAGUGGUUGAAGAUACCACACCGACGCCCCCCGAUCCGGUAACCAAGGUAGAAGAUCACGAACCAGCACCAGCAAGCGAUAACACUACACCUGAGGAAGUUCAAGAACUAAAUAAUGUCCUAGAUGAACAAGAAAAACCAGCAGAACAGCCAGAACAGCCAGAGCCUCCAGCCGUACAACAAGUUGAAGAACCACCAAAGCCAWCAGAACCCGUGGAACCCCCAAAACCCGAAAAAACAGAAGAUAAAAGCGAUGGACUGAGCUUUGAUAUGGAAGCAGCGAGRAGAAAGGCAUCCGGYAGUAGGAGACGCCAGGUUAAAACUGAUGGAUCCAGUUGGAGCAACAAAGUGAAUUCUAUCAAUGCAUUGUGAACUUGUUUAAACGCUGUCUCUAAUUAUUACUGUAGGCUGUGGAAAGCGAACGCUUUUUUCUAUGAAACUUAUCAAUGUACUUAUUCUGGAGCAAGCACCUAGAACUUUUUUGUGAUCAAGUAAGUGGAUGUUCAAAACAAAUUUACACUCGCUAUUUUUUGAAUAAAAACAAUAUAUACGAAGACAUGGUAUUUUGAGAAAUAGUUUAGUUUCUAACUUAAAAUGAAAACAUGAAUUUGCUCUUGAUUUAAGCGACAAGAAUAAUUUUAUUAGCUUUAUGAAUUGUUCCCGUUUGUCGUAAUUGCUUUGAUGGCAUUAUUGUUAAUGCCCAGUGCUUAACAUGUUUUCGUUUCUAUUAUAGUUUAUGUAACACUUCCCGGAUAGCAUCGAUCUUUAGUUUCAGAUUUUUCUAGAAAUUUGCCAUAAUAACUAUGUAUGCUAUAAUUGUAAUAUUAGGGUUGUUCAUUUUUGCAGCAGGUUCGAAUAUUUUCAUCCAAAAGUAAUAAUAAAUUUUACGUCUAUAAUAUCAAAAUCAUUGUAGUAUUAUAACAAACUUCGUAGUUGGAAUAAAAUUACCAUUUGUUCU